AUGACUUCUCAACUGGAGGACCGUGCUCGGACGACAUGUACCGCCGAAGGUCAUGCAGACUGUCUCAGCGACCUGCUUGUUUUCCACGAGGACAACGGGGUUUUAGCUGGAAGCUACUGGCGGGCGCAGUGCGAGAAGAGGGACGACAGCAUCAGGUUCCUGUCCCUGAAGCUGCAAGAGUACACCGUGCCGUCUGCGGAGUACCACUCCCGGCAAGGCAAAGCAGCCUUUAACCUUUUUUUGGUUGUAUAG